UCCAUGUGCGCCGCUCACAUGUUGGUUGGCAAUCUGAAAGAGACUCCUUCUUCGACUCAUGUAUUUCUUUUACCUCAUCUUUCUACAUUCAAACCACUCAUAUGUUGCAUUUAUGUGUCAUUUGGGGAAUUUAAGGAAAUAUCAAUAAUUUCUGACGACAACCAAAGUGAUGCCUUUGGAGAACAGCAGCAGACUGAAAUGGCACAAAAUUCACCAGAAAUGUGUGAAAUGCAGCUGAAUGGAGUUUCGGAGCUGAUGGAUCUGCUUCACAUAGACGUGGACGCUGAUGUAGUGGAUGACAGACCAGGGAGAGAAGACGCACUUUACUCAAGGAAUGUAUUGAGAAAGCAGCGACACUGGGAGAAGCAGUUGGCUGCGAAGAAGAGCAAGAGGAAAGAAGAGAAGCAGAGGAGGAAGCUCAAUCGUGAGCAGGAGUCAGGUGCCAGCACAGAGCAUCAGUUUACCAAACGAGUCAUGAAGGCGAUCACCAAAGAGCGUUUAGCUGAAGCUCAGUCCACAGGGCUCAAACUCUGCAUUGAUCUGAGUAUGACGGACUGCAUGUCUGACAAGGAGAUAAGCCGACUGGCUGGCCAGUUAAGACGUCUGUACGGGUCGAACAAGAAGGCAACUCGACCGUUUCAUUUGUUUCUGACAGACCUGAGAGAGGACAGUCGUCUCUACAGGGAGUGCAUACGGAUGAAUGAGGGCUUCCUCAACUACAUGAUGGACAUAACAGAGGAAAGCUGUCUGGACCUGUUUCCCGCAGAAACUGUCGUCUACCUCACUCCAGAUGCUGAAGAAGCUUUGGAGACAGUGGAUGCUGACAAGGUGUACGUCCUCGGUGGACUCGUGGAUGAAAGCAUCCAGAAGAAGUUGAGCUUCUCGAGAGCCAGACAGCUGAGUGUCCACACAGCCAGGCUGCCCAUAGACGAGUACAUGGUGAAGAAAACCAAUGAAAAGAACUUCCACUCUAAGAUCCUGGCAGUUAAUCAAGUGUUUGACAUCCUCUUGACCUUCUGUGACACCGGCAGCUGGACUGAAGCCUUGCAGACAUGGUUCCCUCUGGGGAAGGGUUAUGUUGUUGCACCACAAAUCACUUUAAGAAAAUAAAACUAUCGCCUGAUGGGAGCCGACUCGCUGUGAUGACUGUUCAAAGAGAAACAGCAAACAGUCGCCUUCAACACUGCUGUUCUUUACACGGAAACCAACACACUGGAGAUGUUUCAGUUCUCAUCCGAGUUCAGUAAUUGAAUCUAAAUAUAAAGAAAAUAAGAAAGACCUGUUUGCUCAUGGGCUACACUUCCUCAGGAGUCAUUUUUGUCGAGUUCAUUGUUGGUGAAUGUCAACAAACUGAUCUGAUUUUCUUUUUAAGACAAUACAUUUUGUAUUUUGAGAGGACAUGUUCUUGAAACAUUAUGUGUCUUAUCAGAUUUUGUAUAAGGAUAAAUGAUUUUAGUUCUGUAUUUAUUGAUGACUCAGUUUUAUGCAAUUUUGACAAAAUUAGGGAACUUGUUCUCUCUUUGUUAUACAUGCAUCAGUUCUUCAACUUUUAAUUAAAUUUCACCCUGUUGAGAUGUUUACUUUGAAAGCAUUUUUCUCCUUUUACUUUUUGCAUUAACCUCAACUAAACACAUUUCCAGCUCAUUUUAUUGUUUGUUUAAAAUUGCUGUUAGGGUGCUUUAUCUGAGGUAGUGGGAGUUCUGUGUGUUGUGCUUGCUAUUACAUUUGCUGUCCAAAUGUUUUCACAACUCUUAGGACCCUGAAAGAGCAAUGACCUUUAUCAAUAUAGUCAUGCUUUCCUUAGAACGUUGGAAUACCCUUCUGACCAAUUUCCCCUGCUAAAUAUUUUUAUUCCUUUAUCACGUAAUUAUAUGAAGUCAUUUGCAGUUCUUUAAAAGGGGGAUUUGUCAUAUUUACAGACAUGACUGUAUUGCUCAGAGGUUAAGAUGCACUGGGCUGGUGAGUGAUGAUGACAAAUCCAGCUGUUUCAGCAACAAACAAAAAAAACCCAACAUCUAGGGGUAAUUUUUUUUUCUUUAAACGUCAAAACUACCUUUUUAGAGAUUUGCUGUGAAAUGCAAAUUAUGAAGCAUCUAACUCAGGGGUGUCAUGCAGUCCAGUUUGAGCUGAAGUGGUAAAAUCAUAACAAAAAUCAAAUAAUGUCAACUCCAAUUUUUUUCCUUUGUUUUAGUGCAUGUACAUUGUGAAAAUGUUUACAUUUAAUUAACUAUCUUUUUACAGAAUAUUAUGAACAACCUGAAAUUUCUUAAAUAAAAAUAUUAUGCCUCAGUUUA